AUGUUCCGUAUCCACCGCCGCGCCGCCACCCUCUCAUCAACUUCCGGUCUUUCCAGCCGCCUCUCUGCGCUCGCGCCUCGUCGUUCUAAUGGCGUCCGUGGCUUCCGCUCCAUCCCGGGCGAGGGCGCCGACAAGCGCGCCAUCUUCCAACAGAAAGGCCUGUACCGCCAGCUUGAGGAGAAGGACAGUUGCGGAGUCGGUAUGAUCGCCAGUCUUAAGAAGAAGCCGUCGCGCUCCACCGUUGUACAGGCCAACGAGAUGCUUGUCCGUAUGUCCCACCGCGGUGGCUGCGGCUGCGAUCCCGCGUCCGGAGACGGCGCAGGAAUGUUGGUCGCUUUGCCCCAUGAGUUCGUCCAGCGCGUAGUCAAGGACGGCGAAUUCGGCGCCGCCGCUAAGCUGCUGACCCUCGAGAAGGAGAAGUAUGCUGUGGGCAACGUCUUCUUCAACAAGAACGCUCCCAACGACAUCCCGUUGGCCAAGAAGACGUUCGAUGAUAUGGCUGAGGCCAUGGGUCUCAAGGUCGUGGGCUGGAGAGCCAUGCCCACGACGUCCAACACACUGGGAGCCACUUCACUGGCCUCUGAGCCUCACGUCGAGCAGGUAAUGGUGCUCAACGAGAACCCCAAUCUCUCGGGAGACGACUUUGAGAAGGAACUCCUGCGACUACGUAAUGUGGUCACAUCCGUGAACGAAAAGAAAUUCUCGGACUUUUACGUCAACUCGCUGAGUAACCGUACUAUCACCUACAAGGGCCAGCUCACGCCCGAGCAGCUCUUCGAGUACUACGACGACCUGUCCGCCAAGGACUUCACGUCCUAUGUGGCGCUGGUACACUCGCGUUUCUCGACCAAUACGUUCCCGUCCUGGGAUCGCGCCCAGCCCAACCGCAUCAUGUGCCACAAUGGCGAAAUCAACACUCUGCGUGGCAACAAGAACUGGAUGUAUGCUCGUGGUGGCACUUUGCACAGCUCGUACUUUGGCAACCGCACGUCGGACCUGCUUCCUGUAUGCUCGGACUCCAAGUCGGACUCUGGUAACUUUGACGCUGUGCUGGAGAUCCUCACAAAGGCCAGCUCCUGCAACCGUUCUCUACCUGAGGGAAUGAUGAUGAUGAUCCCCGAGGCCUGGCAGAACGACCCGCUCAUCGCCCCACACAAGAAGGACAUGUACAAGUACCAGUCGUUGCUCAUGGAGCCGUGGGAUGGACCGGCCAUGAUGGCGUUCACGGACGGCAAGUACAUUGGCGCCACGCUGGACCGCAACGGUCUGCGCCCGAGUCGAUACUACGUCACCAAGGAUGACCACGUUCUCCUUUCCAGUGAGAUUGGUGUGCUGGAACACCUGCCGGAGAAGGACAUCAAGUACAAGCGUCGUCUAGAGCCCGGCAAAAUGUUCCUGGUGGACUUUGAGCGCGGUAUGAUCGUAUCGGACGACGAGGUCAAGAAGUCUGUGAGUGAGAGCCGUCCUUUCAAGAAGUGGCUGGACGAGAACCUCGUGUCGCUUUCGGAGUUGACUGCGACCAAGAAGGAGGCAGCGCAACAGAAGCGCCGACCGAACUACGCCGAGCUUAACCGUCGUUUGAACAUGUUUGGCUACACGACGGAGACGAUGGACCUGCUUAUGAUGCCGAUGGGUAUUCACGGCAAGGAAUCGCUGGGUAGCAUGGGUAACGACGCGCCGCUGGCUGUGCUGUCGGAACAGCCCAAGCUGCCUUUCGAGUACUUCAAGCAGCUGUUCGCACAGGUGACGAACCCUCCGAUUGACCCCAUCCGUGAGGAGUUGGUCAUGAGUUUGAUGUGCCCCGUGGGUCCUGCUGCCAAUGUCCUGGACGCAACUGCUGAACACGCCAAGCGCCUGAUGGUGGAGCAUCCGGUCAUGUCGAACGCUGAGAUGGGCGCUCUGAAGAGCACCAACAACGCCGACUGGACGCCCAAGGUCCUGGAUGCCACGUUCGCUGCGGGCAGUGGCGCUCGCGGCCUCGUUGAGGCUCUUUACCGACUAUGUGAACAAGCUACUGAUGCGCUGGUGAACGAGAAGGCUCCUAUUAUCGUGCUGUCUGACAAGCUCGCUGGUGUGAACCGUUACCCGGUGCCGUCGCUGCUCGCUGUCGGUGCCGUGCACCAGCACUUGCUGCGUACCCAGCAGCGUACCAGUGUGGCUCUGUUCGCAGAGUGCGGUGACGCCAAGGAGGUGCACGACUUCUGCACCCUGUUGGGUUUCGGCGCUGAUGCCAUCAACCCGCACAUGGCUGAGAUGGCUCUGAACAAGAUGAACGAUGAAGGUCUGCUCUACGCUCACUCGAAGAAGGAGAUGGCCAACUCGGAAGUGUUUGACAAGUACCGUGCGGCUGUGGGCAAGGGUAUCCUCAAGGUCAUGUCUAAGAUGGGUAUCUCCACGCUUCAAUCGUACAAGGGUGCGCAAGUGUUCGAGGCUGUGGGUCUGGGUGACGACAUUAUCAGCAUGUGCUUUGAAGGCACGAACUCGCGUAUCCAGGGAACGGACUUUGAAGCGCUGUACACGGACAUCUCUCGCUUCCACGAGGCUGGAUACCCAUUGCACUCGGACAUGCUGCCUCUGAUCCGCAACCCUGGCAGCUACCACUUCCGUAACGACUCGGAGAUUCACUACAACUCGCCCAAGAACAUUGUGGCGCUGCAGCGUGCUGCGCGUGAGAACUCGCGCGAGGCUUACGCGCAGUAUGUCGAGGAGACCAACGAACUCUGCAAGCGCGUGAACCUGCGUGGCCUUCUGGACUUCAAGUUCGUCGACGAGGACAAGAUGCCGAAAAUCGAGGAGAUGGAGAGCGUCGCUGACAUUGUCAAGCGCUUUAACACAGGCGCUAUGAGUCUGGGCAGUAUCUCGCAGGAGACGCACGAGGCUCUGGCUGUUGCGAUGAACACGAUUGGUGGACGCAGUAACACCGGCGAAGGUGGCGAGGACGUCAAACGCUUUACUAAGGCUGGUGGCCCUCCCAACCUUCGUCGUUCGGCCAUCAAGCAGGUGGCUUCGGGUCGUUUCGGUGUGACGAUGAACUACCUGACUAAUGCCGAUCAGCUGCAGAUCAAGAUGGCCCAAGGCGCCAAGCCUGGUGAAGGUGGUGAGCUGCCUGGUCACAAGGUCAGCGACUACAUUGGAUCCAUGCGUCACACUACGCCUGGCGUGGGUCUGAUCUCGCCACCGCCUCACCACGACAUUUACUCGAUCGAGGAUUUGGCUCAGCUGAUUCACGACUUGAAGCACUCGAACCCGUCGGCUGAGGUGUCUGUGAAGUUGGUGUCGGAGGUUGGCGUUGGUGUGGUGGCUGCUGGUGUUGCCAAGGCCAAAUCGGACCACAUUACCGUUUCAGGUCACGACGGCGGUACCGGUGCUGCUGUGUGGACUGGUGUGAAGAAUGGCGGUCUUCCGUGGGAAUUGGGACUCGCUGAGACGCAGCAGACGCUGGUGCUUAACGACUUGCGUUCGCGUGUGAAGCUGCAGACCGAUGGCCAGCUGAAGACUGGUCGCGAUGUGAUGGUCGCUGCGUUGCUUGGUGCUGAGGAGUUCGGCUUUGCUACGGGUCCGCUGAUCGCUCUUGGCUGCAUCAUGAUGCGCAAGUGCCACUUGAACACAUGCCCUGUGGGUGUUGCCACUCAGGACCCGGAGCUGCGUAAGAAGUUCCAGGGCCAGCCCGAGCACGUGGUCAACUUCAUGUUCAUGCUGGCUGAAGAGGUGCAGGACUACAUGCGCCGCCUGGGUUUCCGCAAGCUCGACGACUUGAUUGGCCGUGCUGAUCUGUUGAAGGUGAACCAGGACGCGCUGCACUACAAGAGCCGCAAGUUGGAUCUCUCUCCACUUCUCAUCAAUGCUAGCACGCUGAACGAGGGCGCUGGCGUGAAGAAGGAGAUGGAGCAGGACCACGAGGUCGAGAAGUGCAUCGACAUGCGUCUGAUCGAGAAGGCUAAGGCUGCUCUGGAGAACAAGACGCCUGUUGUCGUCGAGGACGUUGCUACUAACCUGGACCGCACGCUCGGUGCCACGCUGUCGCACGAGGUCUGCAAGCGCUACGGCGAGGAGGGUCUGCCCGACGGAACGAUUCACCUGAAGCUCAAGGGCCACGGUGGCCAAAGUCUGGCGUUCGGUCUGGCCAAGGGCGUGCGUCUCGACCUGGAGGGUGACUCGAACGACUACGUUGGUAAGGCUCUGUCAGGCGGUGAAGUGUCGGUGUUCCCGGGCGAGGACUUCUCGGAACGUGCCAACCCGGAGAACGUGAUUGUCGGCAACGCCGUGCUGUACGGUGCUACCAGUGGCGAGGCUUACUUCUCGGGCAAGGCUGGUGAGCGCUUCUGCGUGCGUAACUCUGGUGUCAAGGCUGUCGUUGAGGGCGUGGGUGACCACGGAUGCGAGUACAUGACGGGGGGUCGCGUGGUUGUCCUGGGUUCGACUGGCCGUAACUUUGCCGCUGGUAUGUCUGGUGGUAUCGCCUACAUCUUCGACGAGGACCAGACGUUCCAGGAGAAGUGCAACAUGGGCAUGGUGGGCGUCGGUCCGUUGACUGAGACGGCGUCGGAUGCUGAGAUUCAGGAGGUCAAGGCUCUCAUCACCAAGCACUUGGAGCGUACGCAGUCGCCGAAGGCGCAGAAGGUGCUGGACAACUGGGACGCGUCGGUGCACAAGUUCAUGCGUGUGAUGCCGUCUGAUUACGAGCGAGUACUGCUUCAGCAGGCGGCGGUCAUCAAGGAGACCAAGAAGCUGGCGUCUGCUUCCGUCUAA